GUUCCUGCUCUGCAGUUUGGUACUUCUGAGAGAUCUGUCUUCUUCCUGCUCCAUUAUUUUUUUCAGAUUCCCUUAAAACCUGGCUGAUCCCAGAUCUUGAGCAGGGCCUAAUCAGGACUGAUUACAAAAGCUUUGUUUCCAAGUUAGCAAUCCUCUACUUCUUUAUCCUUUGGCUUGAAACUGUCAUGGACAUGAAAGCACCACUGGGGAUGGAGGAAGUUAGAUUGAAGAUGAGAUCUCCGACCUCUGCUCAUCAUGUUAAAACUGGAACUUGUGAAGUGGUGGCUCUCCAUCGAUGCUGUAAUAAGAACAAAAUAGAAGAAAGAUCACAGACAGUUAAGUGCUCCUGCUUCCCUGGACAGGUAGCAGGUACCACUCGGGCAGCUCCUUCUUGUGUCGAUGCCUCAAUUGUAGAACAAAAAUGGUGGUGCCAUAUGCAACCAUGUCUUGAAGGGGAGGAAUGCAAAGUUCUCCCAGAUCGAAAAGGAUGGAGCUGUUCAUCUGGGAAUAAAGUGAAAACAACAAGGGCCAACGUGUAAAACCAUUCAAGAACAAAGAGAUUUCUGCAGUGCCUGAUGACAAUUUUUGAUAUUCCACACACACAAAAUGUUUUGUCUCCACGUUUGGAGCAAUAGUUGUGAUGAAUCCUAGUCUUGGUUGGAUUCUCUGGAAGGGUUAGAAGAUGCAUUGAUGAGGAGAGAGUCAAAACGUCUGAAAGAUGCUCCAGCCUUGAUUUAUUAUCAAAGAAUAGCAGGUAACUCGUUAGCAGAAAAUAAACCACUUCAAACUCAAGGCUGAUAACAUUCAUUACAAAGAAGCUGGAACUUUUCUUAGUUAAAGAUGAUCUUUGAGGUUUAGGUUAAAAUUGCUGGUACAAACUGGGUCAGGGAACAUAUAUGCUAUAAUCAACAGCAACUGGAGAUCAAUAGUGCAAGAAAGUCGGAGAUACAAACUCUCUAAAAUAAAGAUUUCAAUGGAAAGAACAGUAUAUUUGUAAACACAAGAAGAAAGAACAUGCAUUUUUUGCCAAAAGAAGUGAAAAGGAUGCUAAAAGGAUCCUGAAAAAGUAGUAGUCUUUUUGAUCCUGGGCUUGGACUUGGAAUAUUUAACCUCUACAAACUCAUUCUUUUAAAUGUACUGAUAUAGCUUAUUUGAAAUAUUUCCAGUCCUCUGUUCAAAUACUGGUGGAACUGUGCAUUGGUUUAAUCAAAUUACUAUUCCAAAAAUUGACUUUGGAUACAGCACCGCCUUAGACACUUUAAUUUGAAUUCUAAUCUUGAAGCUCCAAGACUAUAUAUUUCAACACACUGAAGAUGCUUUUCUUAUAGGAAUGUAAAUGUAAUAUCAUUGUUAAUCAGUAUUGUUGACAGAUAGUACUUAUCUGGACACAUCAUUCUUAUACUAAUAAAUCAUUAGUCAGAUGUCAUUUCCUAAUCAGCUACUGCAGUUCUUUACAACUAAAUAAUAGAAAUGAAAAAUUCCUUCCACACCCUUCCCAUAUUUUAUUGUUAAAAUAUCUGUUUUAUAUAAUUUUAAAGAAAACAAUGUUCCU